UGCCAUUCACAAGUAAACGUUUCGCCAAAUUGAACGAAAGAGCACAACCAGGGCUAAUCAUUAAACGAGCGAGUCUGAAACGCUGCAGCCCUGGUGUAGGUACUGUGCGCGUUGCAAGUAAAUUUUUGACUGCCUUAUUUUCUGAACUAUUUUGCCAACUGUGCGAACAAACAGCAUAGUUGCUGUGCCGCAGUUUGCAUUGCGCAACAUAUAAACGUCUGAUCAGAGCGCUGUGCCGUGCUGAAACGCGAUUGUAAACAUGUCCGAACGCUCCAAAGGUGACGUGUCGUCGUCGUCGCGCGUCAACAACAAUGCAAAUCGAAUUGUUAAAAAUCCACUGCUCAGCGCCUCCGUGACGGGUCUCAGCUAUGAUGACUUUCCCAAUAAGCCGCUGCUGCUGCCAGCGGCACCGCCUGUGGUGCACCAUGCACCACCCGCACAGCCAGCUAACGCUCUCAUCGCUGGCAUUCUCAAACGCGAGCCCAAAACCCUGGUGACCGUUGGACAGCCGUCCGGUAUUGACGAGAGCGAAACGCUUGACGAGAUUAACUUGAACGCCAGCAGCAGCGACGACUCGGUGCCAGCAGCGAACGCAUCCAACAAUCCCUAUCAGAGCGUUGCGGAUGCCAAUGCGAAUCCGUUGCUAGAGCCGCCGCUUGCCGCAGACUCUUUGCUUAGCCAGGCGGCGUCUUCAUUUGGCGCCUUGCCCUCGGUGGCCUCCAACGUGUUCUCGACGUUCUCGAAGCGCAUAUACGCGGGCACACGGGAGGCGGACGAGGCUCAGCCUCAACUAGAUAUCCAGCCGACUUAUAUACAGCAGGCGGGACAAGUCCACGCAGCAGCUGCUGCACCACCGCCCUUCUACGCUGCACCACCAGCACAUGCUGGCGAGCCUGCACCAGAGCCACCGAAAUUCUAUGCACCCACAGAGGUGCCUGGCUUAGCAGCUGGCGCUUUGCCACCGCCACCCCCCUCGGCUGGGCAGAACACUUAUCGCAUCAGUGCCAGGAAGAAGCUAUACGCGCCCAUUCCCGGUCUCUCGGAGCAGCAACAGCAGCCAGUGCCCGCUGCUGAUCCCUUCCAAGCACCAUCAUAUCCCCCACAGCCAUCGGCAGCAGGCGCAGCAACUUACGAGCAGCCUGCACCACUGCCCGUUCAAGAGGAACGCAAGAGUGGUGGCCUCUUCUCGCUCACUAGUCUAGUGCCCUCUGGCGUGUUACAGAACAUUUCGGGUCUAGUGCAAUCGGCCACAGGCAGAAGCAACGAGCCUGCGGCACCGCCACCACAGGCCACCUACAAUCCAGCUGAUUCUGCUGGCUAUUUUGAGAUCAACACAUCCUCUGCUGCCGUUCCACAGCCGUUUGGAAACUAUUUCACGCCAGCAGCUCCGCCGGCUGCUGCGGAUUAUUUUGCGCCAUCCGCAGCACCGCCCACUGUAGGUGGUUACUUCAAUCCUCCCGCAGUUGCUGCAACUCCGGCUAACUUCUUUACGCCAGCAACAGCGGCUAGUGGGCUAGCAGCACCUGUUCAACCAACAGCAGCAUUUGCACCACAGGCAUUUACUCAGCCAGGGGCAGUCUCCCAACAACCCGCUGUCUCUCAGUCACAAGCAGUCGCUCAGGUACCACCAUCAGUAGCACCAGCAACACCCACCACAACUAACAGGAGUUGGGGCACCGCCACAAGCGGAUGUAGCAGCACCACCGCCAGCCCACCACUAGCAACAGCUGUUGCACCACCGCCAGCGGCAUUUGCAGCACCUCCGCGACCAACAACAGGAGCAGUACCGCCACCAACGGGUGCAGCGGCACCACCGCCAGCAGCUGGACCUGCUCACUCGUCGUAUCGCCUGCAGAAGGGUACGCGUCUCUACAAGAGUCCACUGACAGCGCAGGAAACAGCACAGGCGCCAACCGGCUUUGGUCAGCCCACAGCAUUAGCAGCCACGCCCUUUGCGCCCUACACAGCACCUGCUGCUAUUUUUAAUCCAUUUGGUGGAGCAGAGCCAAAAGAAGUUGAACUAUUUGCAGCACCAACUUCAUCAGCUGCACCAGCGCCAAGUCAGGAAGUUCCUCUGUUUGCAGCUGCACCACCACCAGCUGCGCCUGCAACAUCGUUCUUUACACCACAGACAUCGACGGAGCUCUUUCAGCCCCACGAAGCAAGUGCACCAGCUGCCUCGCUCUUUGCGCCGGCACCAUCCGAUACAGUUCAGGAGGUUCCUCUCUUUUCCAGCUCGUCUGAAGCAAAACAAGGAGUUCGAACGGGCCCAGGCAACAAUCUUUUCGCGUCGCAGACUCAGAGCUCAGAACUGAGCAGCUCCUCAAAUCAAAGUCAGGAGGUUACACUAUUUGCACCGCCUUCAACUGCAGCUGUUUCGGAAGUUCCACUAUUCCCAACAUCGCAGAGCUUGCCCAUAUUCUCCCAAGGAGCAACAGCAACUCUAUUCACGCCACAGUUGGGUGACAAGCCAGAGCCACUGCAGACAAAUCAGCAAAGGGAGCCAGCGCAGGAAACUUCCUUGGCUACUGCAACAGCACCACCAACCGUUGGUGCUGAUCAGCCAACCGUAAGCAAGGUCAACGAACCAAGUGAAGAGACUCCCAAAACACCGCCAACUGCUUUAUUUCAAGAACUUUCAGCUGUGCCUGUCUUUUUUCCACCCAUACGAACAGCAGCCACUGAAGCUGGUGAAGAAACUCCACUAUUUGUGCCAGUACCAGCAGCAGCAGGCACUGCUGAAGCGGGUGAAAGCGUAGAGCUUUACCCACCUGCAGAGACAACAGCAGCAGAGCUCGAUUCCAAGAAUCAGGAGUUCGAUUCAAAGAAUCAGGAAGCUACACCACAAACAAGCGCGCCACAGCCAAUACUUAACGCCACCAACCUCUUUGCACCAUCAAGUACAGGUGGGUCAGCUCAGGAGGCUCUAGGAGUAGUGGCACCACAGCCAACAACCGCUGCUCCUCCACUAAGCACCAGCGAUUUGUUUGCACCACCUGCGCAGGCACCGGCCGCUGUCUCUCAUCUGCCUAGCGUUGCGUUGACCACUCAGACAACAACCACAUUCUUUAAUCCGUUUGCGCAGACAGUAACCACACCGCUGCCCCAAGAUCCGUUGCCGCCGCCCAUUGGCUUUGUGGAGCCCAGCGCUCAAACAGACGGCAACUCACUUUUCGCCGCACAGACAAUCGAGCCGGUGUUGCCUGAAGCAGAGAUUGCUAAACCUGCAGCAGCAGCGGCAGCAGCACCACCGCCACCACCACCACAAGCAGCGGCCARCCAGGACAACGCCUCACAGGCGAAUCCAUUCCGCAGAGCCGCCGAACCUGCACCGACAUCAACAGCCGCGACUGCUCCUUCGGCUCUGCUUAGCUUCUUUACGCCGGCUUCGAACGGCAACGAUUUCAAUUUCUUUGGAACAGCACAGCAGGCGGGACAGUUUCCGGAGUUGCCUCCAUUGCAUAACGUAGCACCACCCGCACUAGCGCAAGAGCCACCUGCUGGCGACGUCGCCACGACCCAUUCCACUCAGGCACUUGGCUUUGAGCAACUGAUCAGCGACUCUCAGCAAGCUGCACAGCAAACGCAAAAUUCUAACGAAAAUAUCUAUCAAAAUUCAAGUGUGAACACAUUUUCCGGCUAUUUCGGUAGCCCCAUAGAGGGGUCAGGGCCAGCCGCACAGCCUCAGCCACAGCAACAGCAACAGCACCAGCAAGAUCAACAGCCGCUGAUUGGCUGCAAUUCAGCUAAUUUCUUUGAUCACUUCGCCGCCGGCGGACAGGGGCAGGAGGAUCAACGCAUCCAGAACUUCUUUAACAAUCCACCGCUGCAGGAUCAGCCAGCCGCACCAGGUGAACUCAAAUACGAUAUUGUGCACAGCGGCUUGCCAAACAAGCGCUUCGAGCAGCGCUCCCAAACGUCUGUCUCCAACGUUGUGGAGCCGCCCUCAUCUGCCUGCUCGGAGUUCUCCACAGCUGCACCGGGCUCAGCUGCCAAUCCAACAAACAAUCAACAUCAGGCCGAUCGCCAGUCCGAUUAUCUAUUGCAGUCACAUCUGGGCGAACUGCCCGAAGAGCUCCUGCAGCAACUGAGAAUGGCCAACGAUAAGAAUUCGUCCACGGUACCAACUGGCGAAGCCUUGGUAUACACGCCCGUAUUGCCGCAUUGGUUCUACAAACGCAAUGUGGAUGGUAAAUUCGUGUGGACACCAUUUAGUCACUAUGACUCAGCGCUGCUGGAAACUAGCCUGAAUAGCGAGGAAACCGACUCAUCAGCCAUUGUGCCCGUCGAGGGCGGUCGCUACGAUGUCAACAUCAAAGAGCGCACCAAGACACCCGUCUACUGGGAGGGCAAAGCCAUUGAGGUGCGUCGCUGUUCCUGGUUCUAUAAGGGCGUCGAUGGUAAAUAUGUGCCCUACGCGGAGCAAACUGCAGAAGCACUUGAGAUAGAGUAUAAGCACGCGACCGAAACAAACGAAUGGCAUAAGAAGAUACCGCUGGCCAAUGGUGAGCAGGUGACCAUGCAUGGACCCAACGUCAUUGUCCACUUCAUGCCCCCAUCGCCCGCCGAUACGUGGGGAGGCAGCGUGCAAGGCACCUCACGGCCGCUGGUUGUGAAGCGGGAUUUGAAUGACUUUAAGAUACAACAGGGCGAAUCUCAGCGCGUGGAUCAUUUGCUGUUCAUGGUACAUGGCAUUGGCUCGGCUUGUGAUCUGAAGAUGCGCAAUGUCGAGGAAGUCGUGGAUGACUUCCGAUACAUUGCCCAGCAGCUGGUGCAGUCCCACUACAAGAACUCCACGGACAUGGGCCUAGUGGGACGCGUGGAAGUGCUGCCUAUUGAAUGGCACGGUCAUUUGCACUCUGAGGAGCUUGGCAUUGAUGAGAAGCUCAAGUCGAUUACCUUAGAGUCCAUACCACGAUUGCGCAACUUCACAAACGACACGUUGCUCGAUGUGCUCUUCUAUACCAGUCCCAAAUACUGUCAGAAGAUCAUGAACACGGUGGCCGAUGCCUUAAAUGAAACCUAUUUAAAGUAUCGGAUGCGGCAUCCGGAAUUCAAUGGCGGUGUCUCGCUGGCCGGCCACAGCCUCGGCUCGUUAAUACUCUUCGAUCUGCUGUGUCACCAGGAGCCGCUCAAGGAGAGCGAAGAGGAAAAUAAGGAGAAUCCUGAUCAACUACCACAGAAGAAGGGGACCGAAUCGAAAAACGUACAACUGCCCAACAACGAUGCCAUGAUGCCCAAACAGGUCAGCUACGCCAUGGGCAUUGGGCCAGCUGGCACUGGGCAGCCGGUGAUCAACUACACGCAGCUAAUUUUCCAUCCGAAGAAGUUCUUUGCUCUGGGCUCACCCAUUGGCAUGUUUGUGACCAUACGUGGCAUCGAUAAGCUCGGCCUCGACUUUCGGCUACCCACAUGUGCGGGCUUCUACAAUAUAUUCCAUCCGUUCGAUCCGGUGGCGUAUCGCAUAGAGGCGCUAGUCAAUCCGGAUAUGAAAGGCAUUCGCCCGGUCUUGAUUCCACAUCACAAAGGACGCAAGCGCAUGCAUCUUGAGCUGAAGGAGACAAUGACGCGCGUUGGAGCGGACAUAAAGCAACGAUUUAUGGAUACAUUCAAGACGACAUUAGAUAGCGUCAAUUUCUUGGCUACGGUGACCAGGGUGAAGAAGGAGGCCGAGGAGACGCUGGAAAAGGAAGUCAACUCAAGUAAUUCACAGAUAUUCCAUAAACAAACUGAGGACACGGAUGAUUUAUCAGCAGCGACUACUUCUACACAUGCACGUAAUCGUACCGAUUCAGAGUCCACGACAACGUCAGAUCCUGAAUUCAUUGAACUUGAUUUUCCGCUGGGUAAAUUGAAUGACUCGAAACGCGUGGACUACGUGCUGCAGGAGGCACCACUGGAGUUCAUCAACGAGUAUAUUUUUGCACUCAGUAGCCAUGUCUGCUAUUGGGGCUCUGAGGACACUAUAUUGUUUGUGAUGAAGGAAAUUUAUGCGGGUUUGGGCAUAAGCACCGAUAGCCAAGUACCACAGCAAACUAUGACCAUAGAGAGGCCCAGCUCACGAAGUAGCAGUGUCGGUCCGUCGCUAUUGCCGAUGUGAGUUGAGUUGACAUUUGGACACACUCUUGUAGACCCCUUCCGUUUUAUACAACCUAUUAUUACAAAUAUUUAGAGACAAUUUAUUUAACUAUGUUAUUUGUUAGCAAAAUCAUACAAAGAAUUUUUAAAAUGUGCAACUCUAACUUGGUUAAUGGUUUUAUGAAUUUAAGAAGAAGAACGGCAUUGAUACGAAUAUUCAUAAA